CUUUAGUGAAAGCAAAUGGGUGGACACGUUCAUAAUCUAUUUUCGUCACACCUGCACUAAGAGAAACACUAUUUUUGUUUCUUCGGAGUACACAAGUGAAAAAGCAAGACUCUGACAACACAAAUAGAUAACUGAAGGAAAUGAAGGGCGCAGGGGUAACCACAGUGAUGAUAGUGGCACAGUUCUUGAGUGUGGGUUUGAACACUCUCAUCAAAGCAUCCAUGUCCAGAGGAAUGAGCCACUUCAUUUUCGUUGCGUAUUCAAACCUUCUCGCAUUCUGUUUUCUGCUACUAGCAUCCAAAAUCCAUCACAGAAACAAAACUCCUACACCAAUCAAUUACUCCAUUAUCUUGAGAAUUUUCAUUCUUAGCUUGCUCAGUGUUUCCAUACAGACACUAACUUAUACUGGACUUGGCUAUACCACUCCCACUCUCACCUCAGCCAUGGGGGAUCUUACUCCAGCUUAUACCUUCAUAAUUGCCAUUAUUUCCAGGAUGGAAAAGCUGGAUCUAAAAGUACGAAGCAGCCAGGCAAAAUCCAUUGGAACUGUGGUAUCAAUUGCAGGAGCAUUAACUGUAUCCUUAUAUAAAGGGUUGCCUAUCACAAGUGUUGUCAUGCCAAAAUAUCUGUUCCUCUCACAACAAUCACUAUGGCUAUUAGGAGCCUUUUUUCUUUCAGCUGCUAGCUUUUUGGGUUCAGCCUCGCUUGUUAUUCAGACAUGGACUAUGAAAGAGUAUCCUGAGGAGCUAAUGCUAACAACCAUUUGUUGCGGUUUUGUUGUCAUCCAAUCUUUCAUAGUAGCUUUCAUUGCAGAGGAAAAUCCAAAGGCAUGGAUACUUAAACCCGAUAUGGAGUUGAUAUCUAUAUUCUAUUCGGCCAUUUUUGUGAUAUCUGCGCGAAGUGUGGUUUACGCAUGGGCGUGUCGAAAGAAAGGACCCGUGUAUGUUGCUAUGUUCAGUCCUUUAGGGAUUGUCAUUGCACUUGUCAUGGGGGUUGUAUUCUUGGGAGAUGUUCUAUAUCUUGGAAGUAUGAUAGGAGCUGGUAUAAUAGCUAUUGGGUUUUAUGCUGUAAUAUGGGGUCAGGCCGAGGAGGAAAAAAUGGGAUGUGAAAAACAUGGAAGCUGUAGCAUCAUCUCAUCGUCUUCUUCUGAAGCCCCUCUUUUGGUGAACGAAAGAAAGGAGACAAGUUCUUUUGUAUGAUAGCAUGAAAACUCUGUGGAUAUUUUAUCACAGAUAGAGACAUUACAAAUACCAAGUGGCAAGUCAUUAACCACAUCACCGACAAAAAUGUGUUGUAUUCAGUUGUCCUUGUUAUUUCCUCAAGAAACUAUCUAUGCCAUCACACUUCUAUGUAACCAAUACACUCUAAACAUGCUAUUACUUGUGUUUCUUUUUUCAUGACAAGACUAAUUAAGUUUAAAUA